ACACAAAGAAGAAGAAGAAGAAGAAGAAGGAGAAGAAGACAUGGGUUCAUCAGAGCUUUCAAUGAUCCUUCCAAGAGUUCUCAUAGUCUCCAGACGCACUGUUAGAAAGAAUAAGUUUGUGGAUUUUGUAGGAGAAUACCAUCUUGAUCUCAUAGUAGGUUAUGGUGCAGUGCCGGUGAUCGUCCCCCGUGUUGCCGGAGUCCACAUGCUCCUAGAAAGUUUUGAACCAAUUCAUGGUGUUCUUCUAUGUGAAGGAGAAGACAUUGAUCCCUCCCACUACGAGACCGAUGUCUCCGGCCUCUCCUCCAAUGAGCUCGAAGAGAUACGUUGUCUCCACACAAGCGAUACUGCCAUUGACAAAGAGAAAGACUCCAUCGAGCUUCAUUUAGCUAAACUUUGCCUUGAAAGAAACAUUCCCUACCUCGGCAUUUGCCGAGGCUCUCAAGUCCUCAACGUCGCUUGCGGGGGCACUUUGUAUCAAGAUGUCGAGAAAGAGCUAUCGAGAAAUGGUAAGACCGAUAUUGUUUUUCACAUGGACUAUGAAAACUACGACGGGCACCGACAUCGAGUGAAAGUUGUGGAAGGGACACCAUUGAGUUCUUGGUUUGAAGAGUCACUGGAGAAGGAGAAGAUGGAGAUUGAGGUGAAUAGUUAUCAUCAUCAAGGAGUGAAAAGGUUAGCAGAGAGGUUUGUGCCAAUGGCUUUUGCAAGUGAUGGAUUGAUUGAAGGGUUUUAUGAUCCUGAUGCUUAUAAUCCUGAUGAAGGCAAGUUCAUAAUGGGAUUGCAGUUUCAUCCUGAGAGGAUGAGAAAGGGCGAUUCCGAUGAGUUCGACUAUCCCGGAUGUCCAAAAGCAUAUCAGGAGUUUGUGAAAGCCGUGGUGGCGUAUCAAAAGAAGGUCAAUGGAUGUACCAAAAAUACUAAAAAUGGGUUGAAGAUGGAUAAAGAGUUGGAGAAGAGGAGGAAGAUGAUUGUGAGGAGUUUUUCCAUGGCUAAGAACAUGUAUGCUUGCAAACAUCAUGAUUAUGAUGCAGCUGGUGUUAAAGAGCAAGAGCUUGAAGUUGGUGCAGAAUUCCUUGAGUCAAACACAGCAUUGAGUGUGCAACAAGAGAAGAGAUUGAAGCAGAUGGGAGCAACAGUGAGGAAUGCAUCAUCUUACAUUGAGAGAUUGAAGAUGAAUGAGGAAAGAGAGAGGGUGGCCAGGAGUGUGAUUGGCAAGAUGUCUAUUGAACAGUUGUCUGAGUUGCUCUCAUUUUAUCAUUUGAUGGGCCAGAUUUGCUCUGAGGUUUUGGAAAGGAAGAUCGUUGCUGAUUAGUUCUAGUUAUAAUUACUAAGCACUAUUACCCUGUCCUUAAUUUUAACCUUUUUUUUACAAAAAAAAAGUGUUUUCUUCUAUCUUGUGAGUUGUUAAUAAUGUGUUCUUUGUUAAUUAGAAAAUCAAUGUUUCAAUUGUGUAUUUCAACUUGAGAGAGUAGAGAAUGGUC